UGAGACGCGAGUAAGGGUGUGAGAUGAGUGGAGGAGCAGCAGAGGAAGUAGGAGGCACACACACAGUUCGUAGUAGCUGCUCAUAACUUACCGCAACAGUAGUGGCAACUGGACUCUGACCGAGCAGCACCUGAACUCUCUUUUUACGCACACAAGUUGCGGUAGCUGCUUGCGCUUUAGUAUUUUUUUCUCACCACUUUUACGCGCGGUGUUUUUGAGCGUUUUUCUUACCCCCCUGCCUUGCAACUGUGCAACCAAGUUUGUCGGCGUGACCCUACCUAUCUUUUCCCCUUCCUUUCGCUACUUGUUUUUGAAUUAUCCGGCCAAAGAUGAUGAUUAUCAUCGCGGAGUUUUUCGUGGUUAUUUUAAAAGUGCUCUGGGCAUUUGUGACUGCCGGGGCUAAAUGGGUUGUGCGGCCCAAGGAGAAGAGCGUGGCGGGACAGGUGUGCGUGAUCACCGGGGCUGGAAGCGGCCUCGGGCGGCUCUUUGCCAAGGAGUUCGCCCGGAGACGAGCGAUACUGGUGUUAUGGGACAUAAACAGCCAAAGCAACGAGGAAACCGCGGAGAUGGUGCGGCAGAUAUACCAUGAAUUGGACACUCCCAUAACCAAAGACGGACCUGUUGGAGGGGUAGAGGAGGUCCCUCCUUUCCAGCCGCAGGUCUACACCUAUGUGUGUGAUGUGGGAAAGCGUGAGAGUGUGUAUUCCACGGCUGAGAAGGUCCGCAGAGAGGUGGGAGAGGUAGACAUACUGAUCAACAACGCCGGCGUCGUCUCUGGCCAUCACCUCCUGGAGUGUCCCGAUGAGCUGAUCGAGCGCACCAUGGUGGUCAACUGUCAUGCACACUUUUGGACCACCAAGGCGUUUCUCCCCAAGAUGCUGGAGCUGAAUCAUGGUCACAUUGUGACGGUUGCCAGCUCCCUGGGUUUAUUCAGCACAGCUGGAGUGGAGGAUUACUGCGCCAGUAAGUUCGGUGCCAUUGGGUUCCACGAAUCACUGAGCCAUGAGCUGAAGGCCUCCGAGAAGGACGGCAUCAACAUGACUCUGGUGUGCCCUUACCUGGUAGACACGGGAAUGUUCAAAGGCUGCAGGAUAAGGAAGGAGAUUGAGCCUUUUCUGCCUCCCUUGAAGCCAGAGUUCUGUGUGAAACAGGCCAUGAGAGCCAUCCUCACUGACCAGCCCAUGAUCUGUACACCUCGCAUCGUCUAUAUGGUCAACUUCAUGAAAAGCAUCCUACCCUUCGAGGCCAUUGUGUGCAUGUACCGGUUCCUAGGCGCCGACAAGUGCAUGUACCCCUUCCUAGCUCAGAGAAAGGAGGCCAUGAACAACAAUGAGGCGAAGAAUGGGAUCUAGGGGGCGCUGUUUGUAACACAAACAGAGGCACAUAAACCUGCAAGCAUGAGGAAACAACCACUGAGGAUGGAAAAAUGGGGAAGACGGGACGGAAGGAAAGACUGAAUCUAGACUGGUGCACUUGCAUUGAGCAAACGCAAAGGUUUACCAUAUUGUUCCUCUGGAACAAAGAAAGCUGUGUAUUACACAAAGGAUUUAUUUGACUUUGUUUUGUUUGUUUUUGUAAGUUUGUUUAAAGAAACCAACAUCUAUAUUCUGUGUCACUAGUUUUGAAAUCAUACAGAAAAGGUAUCCAAUAAUUAACUAUUUACGUAAUGUAGUCACCAGCCUUAUCUAGUGUCAUUGUGGAAAUAUACAGUAUGUUACUGUACAAACAGUAAAAAAAAAAAAAAAAAAAAAAAGUUUUCACUUUUAUUUUAUUUUUGUAGACAUGCACUGUAAUUUCUGAUUUUUCUCUACACUGCCAGCAUUCUCUGUGUAGGAAAGUUCAACACAGCAUUUCAAACUACCCAACGUCUCCCGAUGCAGAGGCUCUUUUUCAGUCCGUCAGGAAAUUGGUUUGCAGCUCGACAUUUUUCGCUUGUGCCGUCUUACACGAUGAAUAUUUCACAAUUAAAAGUCGACCAUAUUCCACUGUUGUUUAAAUAUGUAAGUUACAGACAUGUAGCAUAUAUGUUGGUAAUGAAGUCAUUCCAAAUGGGGGACAUUUAAAUGCCAGAUCGUGGCUGAUUUUUAUAUCUUCACAGGAGUUUCCAGUGCAAUGGGACUCAACAUUGUCCCUUCAUGGUCCUGUCAUUUCAGGUCUGUGUCGACUAACCUCUCAAAUGAAAAGUGGACGAGGGAGUCAAUGUCCUGGGUUGAACUAACAUGUGUGACACAUUCAGAAUGUACUGCUUUGGGAGAAACUGAGAGGAAAUCCAUUUUUUAUUUCUCUCAUUUGUCUUUAUUUUCAAGAUCUGUGGUGUUUAUAUUGUAAAUUUAUCUGUUACCAAUAUUAUUUGUUUAAAAAAAUAAAUAAAUAAAUAACCUGAUACAGGCUGUAACUCCAGGUGAACCGCUGUCCCAACACUGAUGUGUGGUUGAGGGAAGUGCAUUAAAGACACUAGCUUUUCAUUAAUUUUUCCAAA